GACGUCAGUAGGAUGUUGUAGAUGAUUGGUCGUCCUUUCCCACAUGUUGCCCUUGGAGUUUCUGUCAGGAUGCUGAAAGGAACGUGUGGCCUGUUAACGAGGGGAUCCUUGUCUUUGGUUCCUAGUCGGGGCACAGUAAUUGUAGAACGAUGGUGGCAGGUGCCUUUGGCAAAGGAAGGAAAGGAGCCGGUUUUGAAGCCCAUAAGGCAUCGCGUUUACAGGGUGCUGGAAGACACAAAGCAUACAAAGAAGGAAAAUAUGGAGUUGAUACUCACUCGCAAUGUCCACAAGCUGGGUAGCCGUGGUGACACUGUAAAGGUAUCAAAAUCGGUAGGUCGGAAUAAGUUGCUGGCAGAGGGUCUGGCAGUGUACCCCUCCCCAGAGAACAAGCAGUUUUUCGAAGAGGAAAAGAGGAGGCAGCGUGAAGGAGCUCCUGGGGAAAGGAUGCAGACCUGGACAGGAGAGCUGACUGUGAAUUACCUGAAAAAUUCCUGUCUAGAGGUUGGAAUGAAGAAUAAUGUCAAGUGGGAAUUAAACAAAGAGAUUGUGUCCCGAAACUUCCUUAAAAAUCUGGGGGUGGUGGUUCCUCUGUAUGCUCUGAAGAUACCAGAAGAGACUAUUACCAAUUAUGGAGAGUACUGGUGUGAGGUGACGGUGAACGGUAUUGACACAGUGCACAUGCCCAUGUCCGUUGUAAACUUUGAGAGGCCGAAGACCUAGCGAUACAAGCACUGGCUAGCCACAGCAAGCAGCAGCAACACAGCCAGUAGGCCCAGAAACUGCGAGUUGAGUUGGAGAGCCGAGGUACCACCAGUUGCCAGCAGAGGGAACUACUCAUUCAGCAACCAGAUCUGGACAUUAUUGAUAAUGCAGAGUCCCAGCCAUGGUAUCCUACACUUAGUGCCAUAUGGCACGGCUCGUACACAUGACAACAAGGGGACAGAUGACAUGAUCACGCCAUCAUUUCUUCCUUCUAUAAUAAAUGGAGGACUGCACUGUCAGUGUUACUUUAUUUUUUGAGUUGA